UGGAGAUGAUCAGAUUUCUACUGCAGUCAAGAAAAUAUAGAACGAAACUUAACGUCUGUCGUCUGGGCUAGAAAUAGUAUUACAAACAGCGCAGCUACAGCAGAAUGCAGAAAACCUGCGGCACAGACAGAUCUGGGAGAGAGAAAUGUCUGGAGAACAUAAGGAAUCAGAAGAAAUCCUGGAUGACUUACAGCUCAACAGUAAACUCGAAGAGAACGGCCUGGAUCCAGAAUACUGGCUAAAUCAAAUGAAAACACUGGGAAUUAAAAAUAUUAAUUCCCUACAAUAUGUUCAGGCUGAAGACUGCCUAAGUUUAGAGAAAAAGAUCCGUUAUCCAUGGGAAAAAAGAGCUUUACGGAAAUUAUUUAAUAUACCGGACAGUAGUGUAAGUAGCGCUGAAGUACUAGAAAAACAAACUCAGAACCUGAAAGAGAGAAAUCAGGAGGCAUCAAAAAUAUUAGAACAGUUAGAAAUGUUAGGAUCUGAAAAGAAAAAUCUUCAAGAUAAAGUUGUUUCCAGAAAUAUGGAUGAAAUACAGAAACUUCUGGAGAUACCUACUGUGAGUUCAGUGCCACCUGAUAAAACCUUAGAAGAUCUGAUUCCUUACUUUGAAAAGCAAAAUUUACACCGGGUUGAGGCGUCUUUAAAAACAAAUCAUUACACAGAUGAAGAAGUCAUGAAAUACUCUUCAGGAGGGCUGGCACUGGAAGGAAUAUAUCACACCAAAAAUAGUCAAGAUUAUUUUAAGAAACGGGGAACACUUCUAUGUAUUCCAGAAGAUUUUCAUCUUAUGGGUCCAGAACAAACUUCAGAUUUCAGUCAAAAAGAAUUUACAUCUCAUGAAGAAGAGAACAAUUUUAUAAAAACUAUUGAGAAAGUUGGGGUCAGCUUGAGCGGUUCACUUGGUUUUAAUGUUAAGGGAUUGGGUCUAGGUUUAGGUAGUGAUGCCAGUAGAUCCUCAGCAGAAGAAGAAUCCACCAACUCUUUAAAAGACCAUACUUAUGUUUGUACAACUAGAUACAAUUAUGUCCCUCUGGCUUCUUAUCACUUUAGCAAGAACCAACUGAGACUGUCACAGGAUGCACUUGGUGAAUUAAAAAACAUUGAAAAGUUAAUUUUAAUGAACUCAGAUAAACAGAUCUUAAGAAGUAAAUGUCAGGAUUUUUUUGAAAGGUUUGGUUCCCAUGCAAACCUUGGUCCCAUACACUUUGGUGGAAUAUUCUGGUGGAGAGCAUCCAUGGAAGGUGUUCAUAAGAACGAGCUUCACAAAGCAAAAACAUCCACAAGUCAAGCAUUGAAUUACUUCAUAAAUUGUGGUUAUUCUGGAACUCCAGGCGAGCUUGGUAUUUCAAGCACUGACACCCAAGGAUCUUCUGGCAAGUCCAAGACAACCCAAAUGGAGAAACAAAUUCAUGUAUCGAUCACCAAAACUGGAGGACCACUUGAAGCGGACUCUCUGCCCCAUUGGAAAGCAGGACUUGUAACAAGUAACAGAUCCUGGAGUGUCAUAGAUCGAGGGACUGAGUUGACUCCAGUAUGGAAGAUCAUUGUAGAUAAUCACGAAAAUGAAUUCAAAGAUGCUGUAAAGCUGAGCUCAUAUAUGAUGGAUUCUUACAAGAUAGUGACUGGAAUCACUGCAGAAGUGUUGUUUGGUGAGCAUCUCCUCAUAGCUUAUGAUAAAACCCAACUCAUAUUGGAAAGUGUAAAGUCCUGGGAUCCAGUAAAUGCCAAAAAACAUCUCAAUGAUCUGCUUGAUUUUAAAGAAAAGAUCAAGGAACUCACAAAAAGUGACAGCACCUGGGUAAAUCUGUGUCUUACAGAUAAAAGACUUCAAUCAUUCUUAGUCAAGGUUGCAAAGAAAUACAAGACUGAUAUUUCAUAUAAUGUUGAUAUCAUGAAAGCCCUAAUGCAAAAGAUCAUCGAACCUCAUAUUUAUUCCAGUGAAGAUUUUCCUGAUGGUUCAGUUCUUAUAAAUUGGAUUUAUGAUUCUGGAAAGGGAAAACUUGAUCACAUUAACAUUUGUGAAUUUACAGAACUCCGAGAUGUUCUACAAAAAUCUAUAGAUGAUAUCCAACUGGUAACUGCUGAUCUGAAGUCAUCUAAAGAAGAAGUCCAUCAAACAAGAGUCAUAGCUACGGAACAUAUUAGCCUCUCAUUAUAUUCCUUCCUAAGAAUGUUAAGGGAAACAGAGCAGACUGACACAGAAUUACUGAUACUCAGCAUUUCUAAAAACUCCAGGUAUUGUGUGGUAAACCAUAACUUCCAAACACUGUUAGGCUAUAAGGACAUUGAGUUUUUAAAAGAUCAGUUACAUGAAGCCUAUGAGGAAUACACAAACCUAAGAAAACAAUGUGUUCAACAGGCUCAAGCUUUUGUCCUGUAUACAGGUCUCACCUCUGGGGGCCAAUACAACGAAAAUUCUUCACGGCAAAAACGUGAAUAUCUUAGCUUUAUGAUAAAACAUCUAGGACAUUUUCUUUCACCUGAUAUUAGUAACAUACUUAACCAGAAUUCAGGAAAUUUGGAGUUGAUAGAGAGAUCUCUGAGAGCCUAUAGUAAUGGUUAUGGACUGUAUGUAGAGGUUCAAGCCCAGGAUCUUGUAAAACUACUAAGUCACUUGUGCCAGGAGCAAAAACCUUUCACAGAAAAUGAUCACAUUCAUGACAUCAAUAACAUCAGAGAAGACUUUUUGAUCAUCCUGAAGGACCUGGAUCUAGAAAAAUAUUAUCCACAAAAAAUGAAGACAGAAUAUUUUUAUACGAUCAGUAGAGCCACAUUAUCUGGAGCUAAACCUCUAGAAAACAAAGAGCUUCCUAUUUAUUUCUUACAAAAACUACUGGAGUUGGACUAUAAUGCCCAGAAUGUGCAUUGUGAGAAUAACAGUCAAGAGUCACAGAUAAAUACGAGUACCAUUAGUAAUGAUAAUACAACUGGUUCUUCAGAGAGCUGUGUGAAACAUUUCUUCAGUAGAUAUAAAAAAGGCACGAAAAUACUAGAUGCAAAACAAGUUCAAAAUAUCCAUCCCAUGGACAUUCAGAUGGCAAUCUUUCAUUGUGCUGAUGAUGUAAUGAGACAAUAUCUCUACACAAAACUUUCCUUCUGUCAGUUCGCUCUUCCACUCUUGGUUCCUGAUCCAAACACAAGAUCCAUCAAUUUCCCACUAUGGGCCUUUCAGGAAGUCAAAAAAAAGUGGAAGACCAAGCUUGGAAAUGACCCAGAAAAGAGUAAAUCCAAUGACAAAUUUAUGAAGAAAACAGAAACUCCCAUAGUGUCUUUUAUCCGUCUUGGUCCAUCUGCUUUUUCCAAGUCCCAGAUAAUUAACUGGUUGAUGAGUAAACAUAGACAUGACAUCUUCCACCACCGACAUUGUGAAGGAAGCACCAAAAACUCAGUACUGAUGGAUGGAGUCACAGAGAUCGCCUGGUAUUGUCCAGGGGGAAGAGACGAUGAUGCAUUUGAUGAUUGCACUGCAUUUGUUAAUCUUCAUGGAGACGCCAGAGACCAUGGUCAACAGCUGAAAUUCCUACAAGAAAUCUCUUCAGUCCUGGUAAUAGUCGUAACUGAUUCUGACUGUAAGGAAAGUAAAUAUGAAAUUGUACUGAAACAGCUGUUAGAAUCUACUAAGCCUCGUGUCUUCUUACUUGUAGAUGAAGAGUUAAGUGGAUCAGAGAAUCCCCAGAAACUAAAAAUUGGUGUAAAGGACAAAAAUGAAGCUGAACUAAUAAAAUAAAUAAUAACAAAAAUAAAAAAAUUAUUAUUGGUGCAGAAAGCAGUGUAUUCACUCAACACAUGUGCUGCUGUUGCCAGACGUCAUAGAUUCCUGGUUGAUGAGGAUAAAGUGCAGUGUAAGGCUGGUAAAGAACAAGCUGAAAAAUUACUGAAUUUAUUAAAAACAGAAGAAUUAUCAGCUAGGAAAAAUACAUUCCUUCCAUUACAAGGUGAUCUGUGGUUACAGUGGUGCAAAAAAGAUAAAGAACUGAAUAGAUUAGGAGGAAAGAGUCACCUAAGUAUUGAGCAGCAGAGAAGUGAUAUUGAAUCAAAAAAAGAAGCAAUACGUAGAGAGCAACUGAAGAGAGCACAUCCUCUCAAUAACUUCAUGAAGGAUUUUUUAAAGUUUCAAUAUUCUAAUAAAUAUGGGUCAAGAAUGUAUUUCCUUCAGUGGUUGAAGACCUAUUUAGAUGAACUGUCCUCAGAGGAUCUUUCACAUCUAAACCAGAAAUAUCAUCAUUGUUGGUCGAGUGUGAAAAAGGAGAAACGAGCAAGUAAAAACAAAGAGAUUAUAGACAGAAUGGAAAAAGAACUACAAACAAUUUCAAGGCAGAUCAACUUUUCAAAGUUUGGACUUGAACAUGUUCUUCGGGAAGUGGGACAAAUCUAUGAAGCUUUAGAAGCCAAUGUUCAAGAUCAAAUUAUUGGUAACUUGCCAAAAAUUGCUGCCAAUCUCAUGAUUUUGGGGUAUCCCAUUGAGCUGAUGGAUGGUGAUGCUGCACAUGUACCUCUAAAAUGGAUUACAGCUAUUCUCCAGGAACUAAAGGACACAUUAGGAGACAAAAGGUUAUUUGUCCUCUCUGUGCUGGGUAUACAAAGCACCGGGAAAUCCACCUUACUUAAUGCAAUGUUUGGGCUGCAGUUUGCUGUGUGUGCUGGCAGAUGUACUCGAGGAGCCUUCAUGCAGCUUGUGAAGGUUGAAGAAGACCUUAGAAAUGAAAUGAAUUAUGAUUAUGUCUUAGUUGUCGAUACAGAAGGAUUAAGAUCUACAGAGUUGUCCAGUCAGAAUGUGCUCAAUCAUGACAAUGAGUUGGCUACAUUUGUAAUCGGUCUGGGGAACCUCACUCUGAUCAACAUCUUUGGGGAAAAUCCUUUUGAGAUGCAAGACAUCCUUCAGAUUGUUGUCCAAGCCUUUCUGAGAAUGAAGAAGGUCAAUCUACAUCCUGGUUGUUUGUUUGUUCACCAAAAUGUUGGAGAAAUCACAGCCAAGGAAAAGAAUAUGGAAGGACGGAGAUGUCUUCAGAGUAAAUUAGAUGAGAUGACUGUGUGUGCUGCCCAGCAGGAGGAAUGUGAUGUAACCUGCUUUAAUAAUGUCAUCAAAUUUGAUUUUGACUCUGAUAUUCAAUAUUUUGCCCAUCUCUGGGAAGGUGACCCCCCAAUGGCUCCUCCAAACCCAAGAUACAGUCAGAAUGUCCAAACCCUUCGAAAGUUCAUACUUGACUCAGGGAAAGAAAACAACAGCAUUCUAAGCAUUUCAGCCUUCAGUGCACGUGUCACCGACCUGUGGAACGCUUUGCUUAAUGAGAAUUUUGUUUUCAGUUUCAAGAAUUCUCUUAUGACUAAAACUUAUAACCAACUGGAAGUGAAGUACAGUAAAUGGGAAUGGAGAUUAAGGGAACGCAUGCUGGUGCUUCAGAAUGAAAUCAAUAACCACAUUUUAAAUGAAGAAAUAAAAUCCAUUGAUGAGUUUCUACUAAGGAAAAACUUUGAUGAAGUCUACAGCGCAUCUUAUAAAUGGGGAAACCUAACAGAUGAGUUUUCUAAAUUUGUGUCAGGUAAAAAAAAGUACAAGGUUUGGAAAAAGACUUUCUCAGAUGACACGAAAAGAACAAUAACCAGUUCAGUCAAUGUUCUUGCAAAGCGAAUAGAUGAGUAUAUAGAUAGAAAGGGGCAAGAAAAAAUGGAUUACCAGAGCAGCUAUUUUCACGAAAUAUUGAAGAUAAUACAAGAAGAAGUUGAAACCAUGUUUGACAAGAAGUAUAAAUUCCUCACAGACUACAUUGUCUAUGCAUCUCUCUUCUUAUGCCGAAAAGCCGCUCACAGGUUUAUAAAGCUUUCAGAUGUCUUCAGAAAAGCCAAUGAUCCUGUAGUUUAUCUUGAAAGUAAGAGAGAAGAAUUCUACAAGAGUUUUAAGGUUUCUUGUGAAGGAAAAUUAGAAGUGGCCUCAUUGGCCGACAUCAUCUCCAACAAAUUACAAGUCUCCCUACAGCAAGCGGUGUAUGAGAAAUCGGCCAUUGAUGUGUCUAGUGCCAUGAAUUGUCACUACCCAGCCCUGAAUGGGAACAGGUCCAAACUAGAGUUCCAUCUCCUCAAGUCCUUGGCCGAGAAAGAAAACUUUCAAGAUUACCUUACGUAUUUCACAGACCCAAAAUCUGCAGUGGAAGAAUUUAUUGGGGAAUGUAUCGAGGACUGUAUGAGGGAUACAAUGAAAGUGUCAGGCCCUUUACAUAACAAUGUGAAUGAAUUUAAGAAAAUUAUAAUAGAUGCUAUUAAACAGUCAACUGUAAAGAUCAAAGAGGAAAAAGGCAACGUGGAUUCGUGGUUGGACACCUUCUGUUCAGAACUUGGGAAUAAAUUGAAUCUAUCGUCUAAUGACUUAAAAAGUGUAAAAUAUCAGAACAUAAGUGACAUAGAUUUCCUGACGGAGGCCAUGACCCGGGCUGUGGAUACUAUAGUAAAAAAGCUUCAUGAAGAAUUGUCUACACCUGACAGGCAAGAUCUUACUAUUCUGACUGACAACUUCCCAGGGUGUUGGGAAAAAUGUCCGUUCUGUGGAGCCGUCUGUACCGAUACAGGUUCUCAGCAUGGAACAGAUCACAGUGUAAAGUAUCACCGUCCUGCUGGUUUUACAGGAAGAUGUAGCUGGUGGUUUGGGAAAAAUCUCAGAACUGAUAUAUGCACAAGUCUUGUAAGUAGCUCUGCAUUGUUUCGCCGUAAUCAUACAUAUAUUCCAAAAUUCUAUACAAAUUAUCUCCAGGCAGGACCACCUUACAGUGACUGGUCCAUCAAACCAGACAACUCCUCCUUAUUUUACUGGAGAUGGGUCACUUGCCGAUUUCAGUCUGACCUAGAAAAGUAUCAUGAUAGAACAUUUGAAACGAUUCCAGAAGAGUGGAAAAAAAUCAGCAAAGUCGAUGCGAUAUCAGAGAUAGAAGAACUACUUAGAAAGGAAGAAGAUAGCUACUGCGCAGAAAACAGACUGAGGGGGUUACAGAAACUGACCAAAAGUUGGUUCCUCUUUUAUUUCAUAGCAUAA